AUGUGCUCCUCAAGGCUCACUGAAAAUAAUGCGGCGCAUUCCCAACGAGCGAGCAGAAAAACAAUCGUCGUAGGGAUAUCUGGACCAUCGUCGAGCGGCAAAACGACCCUUGCCCGCCUCCUGCGGACUGUGUUUACCCCAGAAUCCAAUGGAGCUAGAAUUGCAGACUCGGGCGCAAUUGAGAAAGAGAGGGCAGACGGAGCUGGCAAGGGUGGAGUUGGGAACAGGGAAGCUGUGAAGGUGUUUAUCAUUCAUGAAGAUGACUUUUAUAAACCGGAUGAUCAAAUUCCAGUGACAACCACCUCGUCGGGGAAACGAGUGCAGGACUGGGAUACCGUCGAAGCACUUGACAUCCGACAACUCGUGUCUGCACUCUCCUAUGUACGCUCCCGUGGCGUUUUACCACCCCGCUUAAAGAGCAAAGAGGACCUCAAUGAAGUCACAGGUUCGGGCGUUGAUGAGGAUACGAUUCGGCGUAUUCGCCAUCGUGUUACACGGACGAUGGAAACCAUACUGCUUUCUACGAAAUCGGAGACCGAUUCACUGCCCUUAUCACUUGUGUUUCUGGAAGGGUUUCUCCUCUAUGCGCCACCGGGAGAUGAGAAUCACCCGCUCCGCGCAGUGCACGAUAGUAUACAAGUGCCCUUGUUUCUGCCUGCUACCUACUCUGUGCUGAAGAAGCGGAGGGAGGGCAGAACGGGAUACGUGACUAUUGGCCCUGCGCCUACGCCUAAGUUGGAUGAAGAUAAAUUUAAUGAUGACGACAAGAGAUCUGCGGAGCCUAGUACGUACGGCAUUGGAGAUAUUGAAGAUGACAACGAGCCCAUGCCACACCAGAAUUUUUGGACGGAUCCGCCCGGGUAUGUGGAUGAUAUCGUUUGGCCACGGUAUAUCGCUGAUCACCAGUGGCUCCUGCUUCCUGACCCGAGUAUUCCGCGGGGCGAGGAUGAGUUGAAGGAGGCCGUAGGAGAAGGUGAAUAUAUCAAGGAGGAUGCGGGGGUUCUGGUGGCGCCGGGGGAAGGAGGGGCUAAUAUGACCGAGUUGUUGGAGUGGGGAGCCCACCACGACUUUGGCAAGUUUUCGAACAACGCUUCCUUGAGAAAAAUGACAACCCAUGAGCAUUUGCUCAAACCAGAAGUUUCGCAAUCCCUCUUAUUACUCAAAUUUCUCAAGGGUAUUGAUGGUUCCUGA